AUCACCAACAUGACCUCAACACGUCCAAACCAACAUCCCUGGGUAAUAGCAUACCAGAACGCACCACCCCCCGCCUGCGCCACCCUCCGCGCGCUCGCCAACACCGUCGAAUACGGCCUGACAUGCGUCUUCGCCGAAGAAGACGGUGACCCGCUCCCCGACUCAAUCAACACCGCCUGUCUCCCCUGGGCCACCUCCUCAGUCCCCUCAAGCGCAUUCUACUCCCCCGCCACCGCGUGCCCGACAUCCUGGACUGCCGUAGCUACUCACACCGCUGCUGAGGGCGCUAGUGACUGGAUCGAUGGCGAGACGGCGUUACAGUGCUGUCCGUCGGGGUUCGUGGGGGGAAGUGGUGGGAUGUGUAAUCCGGGGACUAGUGGAAGUACGCCGGUGCUGAGGUGCGGUGAGGCGGAUGCGGAGGAGAAUGAAAAUUUGAUGUAUACGGCGGGGAGUUGGCCGGCGAGUGUGAGCGCGAGGGUUACGGCGGUGCAGUUGAGGUACCAGCAGAGCGAUGUUGGGUUGGGUGCGAGUGCGACGAGGACUGUGACUCCGAGCACGAGCACGAGGGGGUCGAGUCCGGGCGAUGGGAGUGAUGGCGGGGGCCUCUCCACGGGUGCGAAGGCUGCGAUCGGGACUGUGAUUCCUCUGAUCUUGAUUCUGGGGGCGUUGGCUGCAUUUCUGCUUUGGCGGAGGAGGAAGCAUAAGAAGGCCGCUGCGGCGAUGUCCAAGGACUUUGCAGACGGGCAUGAGACGAAACGAAGCUAUGAUAAAGUACCCCAGGAGGCAUUCUCGAGCUUAAAAGGCAUGCCUGCUGCUGUCAUGGUGCCCGCGGCGACUGUUGCUCCUACUGCCGCUGCUGCGACUCAGAGUGGCCAGCAUGAGAUGCCCGAAUGGAAUGCGGAGCUGGAUGCUACUGAGGCUGAGAGGAGGAGGUAUAUGGCGGUUCAAGGGAGCUUUGAGGCUAGCGAAUUGGGUGGCAUAAUGAGGGUCAAUAGGAAGCCUAUCACGCCUGUUGAACUUGAUUCAACUUCAGUGACGACUGAGUUGGAUGGAAGUGGAAGUGUAGAACGGAGGUAG